UCAGUUGCUCGACGGUGCGGCCUCGGAGCGGCGCGAUGGCAGGAGUCCGGCUGCCCCGCUGGGCGCCGCUGCUGCUGGUGCUGACGGCGCUGGGACUGGGGCCGCUGAGCGCCUACGAGAUCGACUGGCGCCGUCUGGAGGGGCUGGCGCGGGGCAAAGUGGAGUCCUGCGGUGGAUGACGGCUGGACCGCCUGAAGGAGGUGAAGGCCUUCAUCACAGAAGACCUCCCUCUCUACCACAACCUUGUCAUGAAACACCUUGCUGGAGCCGACCCCGAGCUGGUGCUGCUCAAUUUCAAGUAUGAUGAGCUGGAGAGAAUCCCACUGACCGAGAUGACCCGGGAAGACAUCAACAAGUUGGUGCGAGAGCUGGGAUUUUACCGGAAGGAGGCCCCUGAUUCACCUGUCCCCAAGGAGUUCCAGUUUGCCCCUGCCCGACCUCCCUCCAAGGAACCUGGGAGUGAGCAUGCCGCCAGCGGAAAAGGGACCAAGGGCGGCGAACUUUAGGUUCGGGUGAUCCCGAAAACUGCAGCAUGUGGGCAUGCCACCUCAGUACGCCUGACAAGAACGCCGCCUCUUGCAACCACUGUCAGGGCAUCAUCUUAGCCAGGAUGGGCAGCUGGUGGGCCACAACAUCUGGAGGCCACCGCUCAUCAGCCCCACUCAGCGCAGCCGGGGUGAGGCCGAGCCUUGCAGAAGGCCGCAAGUUGCCCAUCCUGAUUUGGAUGCUUUCCAGUAUAUCUUUGUAACCAUGAGGGACAGAAACUUGCUUAAAAGCCUAAGCGGUGGAUUCUUUCGUCUUUACCACGUUUGGGGGCUAUUCUGGUCUCCCAUGGCUUACACACAUCAUAGCACAACAGAUCCUGCCAUGCACAAAGCACCAUGGGCUGAAUGCAGUUGGUGCCAAGAGCAGAGAGAUGAAUGUGUACAUGGCAGAGUCUACAGAAUCUUUCUUGCCUUUAAGGCAAAUUUCUAGUCCUCAUGGUCACAAAAGUACGCAUCUAGAUGAUGCAGGUCAGUCGUCUCAAGAGGCCAGAAGAUUUGCAGUGGGCCGAGUGUGGAUCUUCAGCUCUUCAGUCCCAGGUGCCAGCAGAAUAACAAGGGAACAGAUAAUGUGCAAAAUCAAAGGAACUGGGCAUUAUUCAUACUUAUGCGGAUGGCAGAAGCCAUUUUACUUUCAAAACAGUGCAGAGUGCCUGUUGUCCAGGGAAUGGGCCUAAAAGCCACAUGCAAGAAGGCGCACCCAUGUUCCGGGCACAAUAAGCAGGCAGCCCCAAUUCCUGUGAGACCAAGCUGGCCCUGGGUGAGCCAGGUCCUGCCGUUGAUUGUUCUGUGGCUGGUCUGCUGAGCUGUGCUGGGUCAGGGGCCUGCAGAUCCCGAGAAGCCCACUGGCUUGCGCACCGGCCUCGUCGGCCAGCACACCCGCCCUGCGUCCAGAAGGAGUCCCCGUAGAUUUCCCGCAGCGGUACCCUCAUCCGCAUGGGACAGCAUGAAGCCCUCUGUUGAAAGCUCUUGGUGCCGAGGGUGGAUGAGCAAUGUCUCAGCAGGCUUGGGAGGACAGCUGCCUGGAAAACGCUUCAGGGGCCAAGCCUUCAUUGACUGUGCAUCACCAAACCAAGCCCAGUAAAACCAGUCAUCCAUUGUG